UCAAUUUACAUAUUUAUCUUAAAUCAAAUAUAAUAUUAAAAUAUAAUUUAAUUCAAUACAUUUUAUAUUAAAUAUAAUACAAAUACUCAAUUUAAUUUCUGACUUGUAAUCUCUAUUUCUGUCUUUCCGUCUCAAUCACCAUCCCUCCCAAACAUAGCAGUAGAGUCUGACGGUUACACAGAAGCAAACGCUAACAUUACAGGAAGAAUGCAAGGGCGAGGACUGAGCAGGCCAUUAUUGGGCCUUACUAGCAACAAAUUGGGCUCAGUUGGCCCAAUUUUUGGAUAAAUGAACCACGGUCCCUGGUUGGUUGUUAGUGGUUACCACUUCAACACUGGCUAUGGCGCGAGGGGUGAUCCUCUCUACGCCAUGUCUCACUGCUUCUACUUCUUCACUCUUAGCUUCCUUCUCCAAAACCCCACCAAAAAGUUUCAAACUUUCACUCUCCUCGCACCUUCUGCAUCAUCACCAACCAUGCACUCUCCCUCUUACUUGCUGCUUCUCCGUCUCAUCUUCUGAAGCACAAUGCUCAAUCGACUUGUCAAAGUACAGAGAAGCUUUUUCCAGGCGCAUGGCUAUGGCGGGACUCAAACCUCAUCACCCUAUUGCUUUGGGAGUCUCUGGUGGUCCUGAUAGUAUGGCACUCUGUGUCUUAACCGCUCGCUGGAAAACUGCUGGUGCUAAUGCUGUCAACACUGACAGUGGUGGUUUCAUUGAUGGUCUAUUGGCAAUUAUUGUUGAUCAUGGACUGCGUGCAGAGAGCAAAGAGGAGGCCAACAUUGUUUGUCGCCGUGUUUCCAAAAUGGGAAUCAGAUGCGAGAUUGCCAGCUGUGAUUGGUCAAGUGGCAAGCCGAAACAGGGUCAGUUGCAAGAAGCUGCUCGUGAUAUGAGAUAUCAAAGCUUUCAAAAAGUUUGUGCUGAAAACCAGAUUGGCAUACUACUUGUUGCACAUCAUGCAGAUGAUCAGGCUGAAUUAUUUAUUUUAAGGCUUUCUCGAAAUAGUGGUGUGCUUGGACUUGCAGGCAUGCGGCCUCUUUUGGAAUUUUCAAAGGAAGAUAUGUACAAGAUCUGCCAUGGGGUAAGUGAGGAUUGGGUGGAAGACCCUACAAAUCAAAGCCCACUAUUCACACGAAAUAGGAUUAGAAUGGCACUCAGUGAUUUGUCAUCAACUACAUUCAAAUCUGAGCUCCGAAGAAUGAUUUCUGUAUGUCGGAUAACACGGACAUAUAUUGAUCAAGUUUGCUAUAGCUUGAUGACAUGGAUAUGCUGUUAUUGAUCUAAUGAACCUUUGUCCUUCAAAAAUUGAGGAUUUAUGCUUGGCUAAGUUUCUUUUGGUAGUCAUCCAGUUUAUCUCUCAAAGGCAGAAGCAAAUCAGAGGUAGUGCUUUGAAAUUGCUGAUGGAGUACAUUCGAACAUUUCCUUCCAAGAACUCUCUUACAGCGGCAGGUUGUUACCUUUGCCCCGAUCCAGGUUCCAGUGGGUCCAGAAUCCUGGUUUGCUGUUCUGUUGAUUGUAAUGCACCCAUAAAGUUGGAAUUUUUCGAGUCAUGCUCUCAUGGAGGAAAGGAGCAUGGUGUUACCAUUGAGUUGGGAAAAAUUAUAGAGGCCAAAAAAUCAUAUGCAAAUAAUGUGGUUCCAGAUGCAUCAGAUGUCCACUUUUUGGAUGUGAAUCCCGAGUUUAUUUUAAUAGAAGCCAAAAGACUGAACAUAAUCAGUGAGUCAACUUAUAAGAGCAUUCUUGCAUUGCAAAAGGAAGAAACUGAUCGCUUCAGGUCCAAAUCUGAGGUCAUUGCUAAUUCUGGAUCGACGAAUGAAGCCGAAAGUUUUAGUACUUCUGUAAAAUAUCUUCAGCAAAGGCAGUUCUGUUACUUCAUGGAUCGAUUCAUCCUCACAUGGAAGUUAGACGAUAAAUUUGACGGAGAUUCACUUUCUGACAUAGUUGAUUAUGGUGUUGAUUUGGGUGGGGAAAACUGGAACUUUUGUUUCACUUCAUGCGUAAUUGGACCUAAUAAGGUUCUUGAAGUGCGGCACAUGGUUGAAUCUGAUUGGCUGUAUUUAGCUGAGCUUUCAAAAUAUCCACAUUGCAAGAACUUGCUACCCACUCAGAUUACAGAGAAAGCAUCCGGAUGUUUACAGUAUGCCAGUGCAUCAGCUAAAAGGGCCUUUAAUAUCACCUUAAUGGCACAAAACACUUGA